GCGCACUUGUCGGUGAUAUUUCAACAAUUGGUAAAGCGUAGUGCGCUAUUUUGUCCUAAAAUUUCGGGAAACAUGUCUUCGAAAACUCAACUAAAACUUGCACCAACUGUUAAACUUAACAAUGGUUACGAAAUGCCUGUCUUGGGCUUGGGCACCUAUGAGUCUAAGAACAAUGAGGGCGAGAAAGCUGUGAAACAUGCCAUUGACAUUGGUUAUCGUCACAUUGAUACUGCAUACUUCUACCAAAAUGAGGCAGAGAUCGGCAAGGCCAUACGUGAUAAGAUAGCCGAGGGAGUGGUCAAGCGCGAGGAUAUUUUUUUGGUCACUAAGCUUUGGAACAUUCAUCACGAAGCGGACCGCGUUGAGGGUGCUUGUCGCAAGCAGUUGGCACUCUUUGGUCUAGAUUACAUCGACCUGUAUUUGAUGCAUCUACCAGUUGGGUAUAAGUUUGUUAGUGAAGAGGUUUUGCUGCCCAAGGAUGAAAAGGAUGUGCUGCAACUUAGCGAUGUUGACUAUUUGGACACUUAUAAGGCUAUGGAGAAGCUUGUAAAGCUGGGUUUGGUGCGCAGCAUUGGCGUGUCCAACUUCAACAGCGAGCAGAUUCAACGUAUCCUCGACAAUUGUGAGAUAAAGCCAGUAACCAAUCAGGUCGAGUGCUCACCGGCUCUUAAUCAGAAGCCCCUUACCGCCUUCUGUAAGGAGCGUGGCAUUACAUUGACUGCCUACUCACCAUUGGGACGCCCAGCACCAGCUGAGCAGAAACCCGAAUUUAUAUAUUCGCCCAAAACCCAGGCCAUAGCCAAGAAAUAUGGCAAGACGGCUCCACAAAUUGUGUUACGAUAUCUGGUGGAGCUGGGCGUUAUACCCAUACCGAAGUCAUCGAAUGUGUCGCGCAUCACAGAAAAUUUUGACAUCUUCGACUUUGAGCUAAGCGCUGAAGAUCGGGCUGUGCUCGACAGCUUCCAUACAGGAGUGCGCCUGGUGCCAUUCAACCUAAUAAAGCCCCAAAACCACAAAUAUUACCCCUUCGCUAUCGAGUACUAACCGUGAAUGACGUAUAUCCUAGCUUACCCAAAAAUGAAUGUUAAAAGAAGGCACAACAUGCGGUUGGUUCUGAAUUAAAGCACAUUCUUACAUUUUA